AUGGCAACCACCAUUCACACUCCUCGUGAUCCCAACACCCUUUCCAACUACAAUAAUUGGCGGACACUCCACACCUCCACCAGCUUGGACAUCUUGUUCGACAAGCAGAAAUUGAAGGGCAGCGUCGUCCACAGCUUCGAGUCCAUCACGGAUGGCGACAGUGAUGAGAUCUUGCUCGACACCAGCCAUGUGCAAAUCCACAGCAUCAAGGCAGAUGGUAAACCAGCCGAGUGGGAAUUGCUCAAGCGGGUUGAGCCAUACGGCAGUCCCUUGAAGAUUAAGCUCGGUCGGAAGCCACAAUUGAACGAGAAGAUUGACAUCGAAAUCAACUUAGAAACGACGUCCGCCUGCACCGCAUUGCAAUGGCUGACUCCGGCCCAAACUUCCAAUAAGAAACAUCCGUAUAUGUUUUCACAAUGUCAAGCCAUACACGCUCGGUCCAUUUUCCCUUGUCAGGAUACCCCGGAUGUCAAAGCACCAUUCGAUUUCCUGAUCAAGUCGCCCCUGCCGGUUAUCGCAUCCGGCAUUGGGGCCAAAGACAAUCCGGUGUGCCCGUCCCGCGAUGGGUCCUCUCAGCUAUACAAAUUCCACCAGAAGGUACCCAUUCCCUCGUAUUUGUUUGCUCUCGCUAGCGGUGACAUUGCUACCGCCAAUGUAGGCCCUCGGAGCCUUGUUGCUACCGGCCCUGAUGAGCUCAAAGAGUGUAAAUGGGAAUUGGAAGAGGAUACAGAGAAGUUCUUGAAAGCGGGCGAGUCGCUCGUCUACCCUUAUGCGUGGGGUGAGUACAAUGUCCUCGUUCUCCCGCCGUCAUUCCCCUAUGGGGGCAUGGAAAACCCCGUCUAUACAUUCGCUACGCCUACUAUUAUAUCCGGGGACCGUCAAAAUGUCGAUGUGAUUGCUCACGAAUUGUCGCACUCCUGGUCUGGGAACCUUGUCUCCAAUGCGUCAUGGGAACACUUUUGGCUGAAUGAAGGCUGGACGACUUACCUCGAACGGCGCAUCCAAGCCAUCGUGCAUGGUGGCGACCAGUGGCGCGAUUUCUCAGCGGUUAUAGGGUGGAAGGCGCUUGAGCAAUCCAUCAGUGAACAGUUUGGCGAGCAACAUGAAUUUACGAAGCUUGUCAUCGACUUGAAGGGCAAGGACCCUGACGAUGCAUUCUCGAGCAUUCCGUACGAAAAGGGUUUCAUUUUCUUGUACUACAUUGAGAAACUGAUCUCCAAGGAGGAAUUUGACAAAUUCAUCCCUCAUUAUUUUGAGACGUGGCGGGGCAAAUCACUCGACAGCUAUGACUUCAAGCAGACACUGCUCGACUUCUUCAAGUCCAACAAGACGGUCUCGCAAAAGCUAGCUACCAUUGAUUGGGAUACCUGGUUCUACAAGCCCGGUUACCCGCCCAAGCCUGACUUUGACACGUCGCUCGUCGAUCAAUGCUACCGGCUUGCUGAUCAGUGGGAGAAAUUCACCAAGAACCCCAACCCUGAUUUUGGACCCAGCAAAUUCGACAUUGAUGGCUGGUCGGCGAACCAGAUUGUCGUCUUUCUCGAGAAACUGCUCACGUUCGCGGACAAGUUGCCUCAGCCGCACGUCAACUACAUGGGUUUCAUCUACGACCUGAAGGAGACGCGAAACGUCGAGAUCUCGGCUCGGUACUACCAAGUCGCGAUGAAGGCUGGGGACUGGACGAUCAAGGGAUUUGUCACGAAGCUCCUAGGGGAAGUGGGCAGGAUGAAGUUUGUCCGGCCGCUGUACAAGGGGUUGAUGAAGAUGGACUAUCAGCUGGCGGUUGAGACCUUUGAGAAGAACAAGGACUUUUAUCACCCGAUCUGCCGAGGUCUCGUGGCCAAGGAUCUGUUUGGGAGUAAACAGGAGCAAAAGUAG